GGGUAUGACAGGAUUCCCAUUAUUAAUUGUGAGCCCAUGCCGAGUCACACUAUGUAGUACGUCUUCGGAGUCCUCCGUCCGUACUCCACUACCAGCUAUUCGAUGAUGUUAUCUCAUCCUGAUCGGACUUCGUGGCGAGGAUUCAACUAGUUUUAGUGUCUUGUCCGAACAUCGAAUCCUGUUCUGUUUUCGGGACGGUGAACGCCCCCCUUGCUGCGCGGCCCCCAAUUGAGUAUGCCGCCGGAAAGUAUGUCGAGUCAGAGAAUAAAACCUUGCUGUACUCUGUAAUACUUGGUUGAUUUCAAGGAUCUGUUCCGGUUUGGCUGUUCGGCGCUUAUCAAUUCACACCUGCGAUCCAGUUAAUCGCGAAAAGAAAGAAAUUCAAUGGAUGAUCCACCGUCACAUAAAAUCCAAACUGUUGUAUAAUCAAGACGAGAAACGGCAGAGAGAGAGAGAGAGAGAGAGAUGGACGAGGAAAGACAAUCGAUUCCAUUCUCAUUGUCAUCGACAGAGAUCGAGGAAGACCAGAGUUCAGGAGCAGUCAAUGACGGGCUUCGAGAAAAAACCAUGCCGGCCGACGGAGAGAAUGAGCCAACCCGACAGAGCAAGGCACAGCCCGACAAUAUCACCACUACAUCUGCCAAUCCGCCAGAGUCGAUGCUGGUGCGGACGCUGUCGCGGGUGCGCACGAGAGAGUCGAAGAAGAGCAUCGGCCCGCCGCCGGACGGGGGUUCAGAGGCGUGGCUGCAGGUGGUGCUGGCACACAUGGUGAUCUUCAACACGUGGGGGUAUAUCAACAGCUUCGGCGUGUUCCAGACGUACUAUUCGCAGACGCUGGGGCGGUCGGCGUCGGACAUCUCGUGGGUGGGCAGCGUGCAGAUCUUCCUGCUGUUCUUCAUCGGCACGCUGUCCGGGCGCGCGACGGACGCCGGCUUCUUCAAGCUGGUGUGGACGGCGGGCGCGGUGGUGGAGCUGUUCAGCAUCUUCAUGGCCUCGCUGUGCACGCAGUACUGGCAGCUCUUUCUCGCGCAGGGGAUCGGGCAGGGGCUUGGGUGCGGGAUGAUGUUCUGCCCGACCGUUGCGUUGCUCUCGACCUGGUUCUCCAAGAACCGUUCCAUGGCCAUCGGCCUCGCGACCGCCGGCUCGUCCACGGGAGGCCUGGUCUUUCCCGCGGUCAUCAUCCGCCUGCUGCCACGCAUCGGAUACGGCUGGACGAUGCGCACGCUGGGCUUCAUCUCGCUCGUCACCCUGAUCCCCUGCGGCGUGUUCCUGACGCACCGGGUCCCCUCGCGCCGUAGCGGGCCCCUGGUCGAAUGGGCGGCCUUCAAGGAAGCCCCCUACGCCCUCUUCGCGCUGGGCAUGUUCUUCAACUUCUGGGGGCUGUACAUUGGCUUCUUCUACAUCGGCAGCUUCGCCACAAAUAUCAUCGGUGUCUCCGAAUCAACCUCGGUCUACCUGCUGCUCCUCAUGAACGGCAUCGGUAUAGUGAACCGCAUCCUACCCAACCACAUGGCCGACAAGUACACCGGCCCCUUGAACAUCGUGAUCCCCUUCAGCUUCACGACGGCAAUCAUCGCCUACUGCUGGGCGGGUGUCACCAAUGUCGCGGGCCUGUACGCCUUUGCCGGCGUGUACGGCCUCUCCGCCGCCACCAUCCAGUCCAUGUUCCCCGCCACCCUCAGCUCCCUCACCACUGAUAUCUCCAAGGUCGGCGUCCGCAUGGGUAUGGUCAUGAGCGUUGUCGGCACCGCCGCCCUCAUCGGCUCCCCCAUCGCCGGCGCUCUUGUCACCUCCGAUGGAGGGAAGUACAUCGGCGCCCAGAUGUUCAUGGGUACCGCCAUCAUGGCCGGGGCGUUGACUCUCGCCGCUGCACGGUAUGCCAAGUUGGGUUUUGCCUGGGGGCGGACAUAGAUUCUCAACAAUUUUCUGAAAAAGAAAAUGAAGAAGAGAAAGAAGACUAGAUAGUGAUGAUUAGCGAUGAGCCAUUAAUAUUCUUCAAUCCUUGUAACUGGAUACCUUAGACCUGCUAGAUAGUAGGUCUUACUACACCUGAACUGCUCAGCAUAGAUCCUCCCAUCUGAUAGAAAAACCUUCCAGUGAAUCUGAAGCUUAAUCCAAG